AUGACCGAAGAAACUAUUACUAUAGAUUCUAUUUCAAAUGGGAUACUGAAUAACCUGUUAACCACAUUGAUCCAGGACAUUGUAGCUCGGGAAACCACUCAACAACAAUUGCUGAAGACAAGAUAUCCGGAUCUUCGCAGUUAUUAUUUCGACCCGAACGGAUCUCUCGAUAUUAAUGGACUACAGAAGCAACAAGAGUCCUCUCAGUAUAUUCACUGUGAGAAUUGUGGCAGGGAUGUGUCCGCAAACAGACUAGCAGCUCAUUUACAGAGAUGUUUGAGUAGGGGUGCUAGACGUUGA